UACCGCCUUCACUCUCGCACUUAUAUUCUUCACUCUCCCACUAUUUCCUUCAUUUUCUCUCUCCGAGAGAAAUCUAACCAAAAAACAUAAAAUCCCGCUUAAGCUCAAUAAACCCUAUCUUCAUCCCCAAAUCCCAUUAUUUCCCAAUAUUCAUCCUCAAUCUCUCAAUUUCUUCCCUAAUUUUCUCUCUCAUAGGGUUUUUUACCAUCAAAGUGAGGGUUUAGGGUUUUAGCGUAAGCGAUGUGGAACGGGAGCAAUCCCAUGGCGCCACCGCCGGCGCCGGGAACAUCGAUUCCUCCGCCGCCGGCAAUGCAACCUUCGUACACUGUGCUGCAGCCGCCUCCACAGCAGCCGCCUCAGCAGGAAUCUCCAGCCGAAGCCGAGGCGAGGCUCGAGGAGAAAGCUAGAAAGUGGAUGCAGCUCAAUUCUAAACGUUAUGGUGAUAAGAGGAAGUUUGGAUUUGUUGAGACUCAGAAAGAGGAUAUGCCUCCUGAACAUGUUAGGAAGAUUAUUCGAGAUCAUGGUGACAUGUCUUCUAAGAAAUAUCGUCAUGAUAAACGUGUAUAUCUUGGGGCCUUGAAGUUUGUCCCGCAUGCCGUCUACAAGCUUCUUGAGAAUAUGCCAAUGCCUUGGGAACAGGUUCGUGAUGUCAAAGUUCUCUAUCAUAUUACUGGUGCCAUCACAUUUGUAAAUGAAAUUCCGUGGGUGGUUGAACCUAUUUAUCUGGCUCAAUGGGGUACCAUGUGGAUUAUGAUGAGAAGAGAGAAAAGAGAUCGUCGGCAUUUCAAAAGAAUGAGGUUUCCUCCUUUUGACGAUGAGGAGCCUCCACUGGAUUAUGCUGAUAACGUUCUAGAUGUGGAUCCACUGGAACCAAUUCAACUAGAAUUGGAUGAGGAAGAAGAUUCUGCUGUGUACACAUGGUUCUAUGAUCAUAAACCUCUCGUGAAAACAAAACUUAUUAAUGGGCCAAGUUAUAGAAGAUGGCAUCUUUCACUGCCGAUCAUGGCAACUCUUUAUAGGUUUGCAGGACAAUUGCUUUCUGAUAUGGUCGACAGGAAUUACUUCUAUCUGUUUGACAUGGAAUCAUUCUUCACAGCAAAAGCACUGAACAUGUGCAUACCUGGAGGCCCGAAGUUUGAGCCUUUGUAUCGUGACAUGGAGAAAGGUGAUGAGGACUGGAAUGAGUUUAACGACAUCAACAAACUCAUUAUUCGGUCACCACUUCGAACAGAGUACAAAAUUGCUUUUCCUCAUCUAUACAACAAUAGACCUAGGAAAGUAAGGCUUUGUGUAUACCACACGCCAUUGAUCAUGUACAUAAAAACUGAGGAUCCUGAUCUUCCAGCUUUUUAUUAUGACCCGUUGAUUCACCCUAUAACAUCUGCACACAAGGAUCGUCGUGAUAAAAAACUCUAUGACGAGGAUGAUAGUGAUGAUUUUGAGCUUCCAGAAGGGGUGGAGCCAUUGCUCAGUGAUACCCAGCUCUACACAGACACCACCGCAGCUGGAAUUUCACUGCUGUGUGCUCCAAGGCCAUUUAAUAUGAGAUCUGGUCGCACUCGACGUUCUGAAGAUAUACCACUUGUUUCAGAAUGGUACAAGGAGCACUGCCCACCCUCAUAUCCUGUUAAGGUUCGAGUCAGUUACCAGAAGUUGUUGAAAUGUUUUGUGCUCAAUGAGUUGCAUCAUAGGCCUCCGAAAGCACAGAAGAAGAAACAUCUAUUUAGAUCUCUUGCAGCUACGAAGUUCUUCCAGAGUACUGAACUAGAUUGGGUCGAAGUUGGCCUCCAGGUUUGCAGGCAAGGGUACAACAUGCUGAACCUGCUGAUUCACCGGAAAAAUUUGAAUUACCUGCAUCUUGAUUACAAUUUCAAUUUGAAGCCUGUCAAGACACUUACAACCAAGGAACGUAAGAAGUCGCGGUUUGGGAAUGCAUUUCAUUUGUGUCGUGAAAUUCUUCGUUUGACGAAACUUGUGGUUGAUGCUAAUGUCCAGUUCCGUUUGGGUAAUGUGGAUGCGUUCCAACUGGCUGAUGGCUUGCAAUAUAUAUUUUCACAUGUUGGGCAGUUGACUGGUAUGUACCGUUAUAAGUAUAGGCUCAUGAGGCAGAUCAGGAUGUGCAAGGACCUGAAGCACUUGAUUUAUUACCGUUUCAAUACUGGACCGGUUGGGAAGGGACCUGGAUGUGGCUUUUGGGCGCCGAUGUGGAGGGUUUGGCUUUUCUUUCUUCGUGGUAUAGUGCCGUUGCUCGAGAGAUGGUUGGGUAACUUACUUGCUAGACAGUUUGAAGGUCGACAUUCCAAAGGAGUGGCGAAGACAGUUACCAAGCAGCGUGUUGAGAGCCACUUUGACUUGGAGCUUCGAGCUGCUGUUAUGCAUGAUGUCCUCGAUGCAAUGCCAGAGGGUAUUAAGCAAAAUAAGGCGAGAACCAUCUUGCAGCAUCUGAGUGAAGCUUGGCGCUGUUGGAAAGCAAAUAUCCCCUGGAAGGUUCCAGGUCUCCCAGUCCCUAUUGAAAAUAUGAUCCUUCGUUAUGUCAAGGCAAAAGCGGAUUGGUGGACCAAUGUUGCUCAUUACAAUCGUGAGCGUAUCAGAAGAGGAGCCACAGUUGACAAGACAGUUUGUCGUAAGAAUCUUGGGAGGUUGACUCGAUUGUGGCUAAAGGCAGAGCAAGAACGCCAGCACAAUUAUCUCAAGGAUGGGCCUUAUGUUACACCUGAAGAAGCUGUGGCUAUCUACACUACCACUGUGCAUUGGCUGGAGUCGAGGAAGUUCUCUCCAAUACCGUUCCCACCCCUGUCAUAUAAGCACGACACCAAGCUUCUUAUCCUUGCUCUGGAGAGGUUGAAGGAAUCAUAUAGUGUUGCUGUUAGAUUAAAUCAACAACAGAGAGAAGAGUUGGGUCUUAUUGAGCAGGCUUAUGAUAAUCCUCAUGAGGCGUUGUCUCGAAUCAAGCGUCACCUGCUCACACAGCGUGCCUUUAAAGAAGUUGGCAUUGAGUUUAUGGAUCUAUAUAGUUAUCUCAUUCCUGUUUAUGAGAUUGAGCCACUUGAAAAAAUUACAGAUGCUUAUCUUGAUCAAUAUCUGUGGUAUGAAGGAGACAAAAGACACUUGUUCCCAAAUUGGGUAAAACCUGCAGACACCGAGCCACCCCCUCUCUUGGUGUACAAGUGGUGCCAAGGAAUUAAUAACCUGCAAAACAUAUGGGAUACAAGUGAAGGGCAGUGUGUGGUUAUGCUGCAGACCAAAUUUGAGAAGUUCUUUGAGAAGAUAGAUUUGACUAUGCUUAACAGACUUUUGAGGUUGAUUCUGGACCACAAUAUUGCUGAUUAUGUUACCGCUAAGAAUAAUGUGGUUUUGUCUUACAAGGAUAUGAGUCAUACCAACUCUUAUGGGCUUAUACGCGGUCUUCAGUUUGCCUCCUUUGUUGUACAGUAUUAUGGUCUUGUUCUUGAUCUUCUUCUUCUGGGUUUGACCCGAGCUAGUGAAAUUGCUGGUCCACCACAGAUGCCAAACGAGUUCAUGACCUUUUGGGAUACCAAGGUUGAAAGCAGGCAUCCUAUUCGGCUGUAUUCUCGUUAUAUUGAUAAGGUGCAUAUAUUAUUCCGCUUCACUCAUGAAGAGGCUCGAGAUCUUAUCCAGCGCUACCUUACUGAACAUCCUGAUCCCAAUAACGAGAACAUGGUCGGAUACAACAACAAAAAGUGUUGGCCAAGAGAUGCUCGCAUGAGGCUGAUGAAGCACGAUGUUAACUUGGGUAGAAGUGUUUUCUGGGACAUGAAGAAUCGUCUUCCACGAAGUAUCACUACCUUAGAGUGGGAGAAUAGUUUUGUAUCUGUCUACAGCAAGGACAACCCCAAUUUGUUAUUUAGCAUGUGUGGUUUUGAGGUGCGGAUAUUGCCGAAGAUGAGGAUGACACAAGAAGCAUUUAGCAACACGAAAGAUGGCGUUUGGAACUUGCAGAAUGAGCAGACCAAGGAGCGAACUGCUGUCGCUUUCUUGAGGGUUGAUGAUGAACACAUGAAAGUAUUUGAAAAUCGUGUGAGGCAGAUUCUUAUGUCUUCUGGUUCUACAACCUUCACAAAAAUAGUCAACAAAUGGAAUACUGCUCUUAUUGGCCUCAUGACUUACUUCCGUGAGGCCACUGUGCAUACUCAAGAGUUGUUAGACUUGCUGGUGAAGUGUGAAAACAAAAUCCAAACUCGUAUUAAGAUUGGAUUGAAUUCCAAAAUGCCUAGCAGGUUUCCGCCUGUCAUCUUCUACACUCCGAAGGAAAUUGGAGGUCUUGGUAUGCUGUCAAUGGGUCACAUUUUGAUUCCACAAAGUGACCUUCGAUACAGUAAACAAACUGAUGUUGGUGUGACACACUUCAGGAGUGGUAUGAGCCAUGAAGAGGACCAGCUGAUUCCGAAUCUUUAUCGUUACAUACAGCCGUGGGAGAGCGAGUUCAUCGAUUCGCAGCGAGUUUGGGCUGAGUAUGCAUUGAAGAGGCAGGAAGCGCAGUCACAGAAUCGGCGUCUAACCCUGGAGGAUUUGGAAGAUUCUUGGGAUCGUGGUAUACCUCGAAUUAAUACUUUGUUUCAGAAGGAUCGUCAUACUUUGGCAUAUGACAAGGGUUGGAGAGUUCGCACUGAUUUCAAGCAAUAUCAAGUUUUGAAGCAAAAUCCUUUCUGGUGGACACAUCAGCGACAUGAUGGGAAACUCUGGAAUUUGAACAAUUACAGAACUGAUGUUAUUCAAGCACUUGGAGGAGUGGAAGGAAUUCUAGAGCAUACUUUGUUCAAGGGCACAUAUUUCCCUACAUGGGAGGGUCUCUUCUGGGAGAAGGCAUCUGGAUUUGAGGAGUCUAUGAAAUAUAAGAAGCUGACAAAUGCACAAAGAUCUGGGUUGAACCAGAUUCCUAAUCGUAGGUUUACACUGUGGUGGUCUCCUACGAUUAAUCGUGCCAAUGUCUAUGUGGGUUUCCAGGUGCAGCUUGAUCUGACCGGAAUUUUUAUGCAUGGGAAGAUUCCUACUCUGAAAAUAUCCCUUAUCCAAAUUUUCCGAGCCCAUUUAUGGCAGAAGAUUCAUGAGAGUGUUGUCAUGGAUCUUUGUCAAGUUCUUGAUCAGGAGCUAGAUGCUUUAGAAAUUGAGACAGUUCAAAAGGAAACAAUCCAUCCCAGAAAAAGUUACAAGAUGAACAGUUCUUGUGCAGACAUACUUCUGUUUGCGGCUCACAGGUGGCCGAUGUCAAAACCAAGUUUGGUGUCGGAGACAAAAGAUGUAUUUGACCAGAAGGCAAGCAAUAAAUAUUGGAUAGAUGUGCAGCUUCGUUGGGGAGAUUAUGAUUCUCAUGAUAUUGAGCGAUACACCAGAGCUAAGUUUUUGGACUACACAACAGAUAACAUGUCCAUUUAUCCAUCACCCAUGGGAGUCAUGAUGGGUCUUGAUCUGGCUUACAACUUGCAUUCAGCUUUUGGCAACUGGUUCCCUGGAUCCAAACCUCUGCUUGCACAAGCUAUGAAUAAGAUCAUGAAGUCAAAUCCUGCGCUUUAUGUUUUGAGAGAGCGUAUACGGAAAGGUCUGCAGUUGUACUCUUCUGAGCCUACUGAGCCAUAUUUGUCAUCCCAAAACUAUGGGGAGAUAUUCAGUAAUCAGAUUAUAUGGUUUGUUGAUGAUACUAAUGUCUAUCGUGUGACAAUCCACAAGACAUUUGAAGGAAAUCUCACCACAAAACCUAUCAAUGGUGCCAUAUUCAUAUUUAACCCCCGGACCGGGCAGCUCUUUUUAAAGGUUAUUCAUACAAGUGUGUGGGCUGGACAGAAGCGUCUGGGUCAGCUGGCCAAGUGGAAAACAGCUGAAGAAGUCGCGGCUCUUGUUCGGUCUUUACCUGUUGAAGAACAACCAAAACAAAUCAUUGUGACUCGUAAAGGAAUGUUGGAUCCUUUGGAAGUCCACUUGCUUGAUUUCCCCAACAUAGUUAUCAAAGGAAGUGAACUGCAACUUCCUUUCCAGGCCUGCUUGAAGAUUGAGAAAUUCGGUGAUCUUAUCUUGAAAGCGACAGAGCCACAAAUGGUUUUGUUUAAUAUUUAUGAUGAUUGGUUGAAGAGUAUAUCUUCAUAUACUGCAUUCUCUCGGCUCAUCCUCAUACUAAGAGCACUUCAUGUCAACAACGAGAAGGCGAAGAUGUUGUUGAAGCCUGAUAGGACUGUUGUCACUGAACCUCAUCAUAUAUGGCCUUCUCUCACUGACGAUCAAUGGAUGAAGGUUGAGGUUGCUUUGAGAGAUCUCAUACUUUCUGACUAUGCCAAGAAGAACAAUGUAAACACAUCUGCCUUGACACAGUCUGAGAUUCGUGAUAUCAUUCUUGGGGCAGAGAUCACUCCUCCAUCUCAGCAGAGACAGCAGAUUGCCGAAAUUGAGAAGCAGGCAAAAGCCUCUAGUCAAUUGACAGCAGUCACAACAAAGACGAUCAAUGUGCACGGUGAAGAAUUAAUUGUCACUACUACAAGUCCUUAUGAGCAGGCAGCAUUUGGCUCCAAGACUGAUUGGCGUGUCAGAGCAAUUUCUGCCACAAAUCUCUAUCUCCGUGUGAAUCAUAUUUAUGUUAACUCGGAAGACAUAAAGGAAACUGGAUAUACUUAUAUCAUGCCAAAGAAUAUUUUGAAGAAGUUCAUCUGCAUAGCGGAUUUAAGGACACAGAUUGCAGGAUACUUGUAUGGUGUAAGCCCCCCUGACAAUCCUCAGGUCAAAGAGAUUCGGUGCAUUGCUAUGCCACCGCAAUGGGGAACUCAUCAGCUGGUGCAUCUUCCGUCCCAGUUGCCUGAGCAUGAUUUCUUAAAUGACUUGGAGCCAUUGGGGUGGAUGCAUACACAGCCAAAUGAACUUCCUCAGCUAUCACCUCAGGAUGUAACAAGUCAUGCACGGGUUUUGGAGAGCAACAAGCAGUGGGAUGGGGAGAAAUGCAUCAUUCUUACUUGCAGUUUUACUCCUGGUUCAUGUUCACUGACCGCCUACAAGCUCACCCCAUCAGGAUAUGAAUGGGGACGUGCAAAUAAAGAUAACGGCAGCAACCCCCAUGGCUAUCUUCCAACUCAUUAUGAGAAAGUCCAGAUGCUGCUAAGUGACCGAUUCCUCGGCUUCUAUAUGACUCCUGAUACCGGUCCCUGGAAUUAUAAUUUCAUGGGAGUAAAGCAUACACCAAGCAUGAAAUAUGGUGUGAAGCUUGGGACUCCGAGGGAGUUCUAUAACGAAGAUCAUCGCCCUACUCACUAUUUAGAGUUCAGCAACAUGGAGGUGGCCGAUAUCGCAGAAGGAGACAGAGAGGAUACAUUUACUUGAUUUUUAGGAUAUUAGUCUCCAGAAGUAAUUUUUAAUUAGUUCUGUGUUCUGUUUUUUGGACAGUGCACUGUAACAAGAAUUAGCCUACAGCUUGUACUUCUCUGUUUAUUACAUGUAAAAUACAGCUAGUGUAGCAUCUCUUGACUUGCUGCUGUAGUAGUAAUGUACAUAGAUUGAUAUGGAAUUUUUGGAAAAUUUCUCCAGCGGCUUC